AACAAACAACAAGAUUUUUUUUUUUUGGUAGGCCUCACGCAGCCUCCGUUAGUCGAUUUUAACAAUAACCGAGGCACACGCGCAUCAUCCCGGCCAACUGUUUUGGAUUGCGUCCGACAUUUUAAAAAUUGCAAAGAGGAGACCCGUGAAAGGAAAGGGCGCGGUUUGCUGUCCGAUGGGGCCGCCUUUUUAAUGUUUUUAUGCACCUUUUUCUAAAACAAUAACUGGAGUGAAUUUUUCCAAAUUCAGCCAGAGUAUUUUGGAAAACACAAAAGGAAGAUGUCUAACGGAGGAGCAGGAAGCGGGGGUUUGACUUGGGUGACCCUCUUUGACAAGAACAAUGCUGCCAAAAAGGAAGAAGCAAAUGCCAAGAAUGAUGGUGCCAAGAAUGAGGUUUCCAAGAAGGAGAGCUCCAAGAAGAUGUCAGUGGAGCGUGUUUAUCAGAAGAAAACCCAGCUGGAGCACAUCCUACUCCGUCCAGAUACUUACAUAGGUUCUGUGGAACCUGUAACCCAGCAAAUGUGGGUGUUUGAUGAGGAGACUGGAAUGAAUUUAAGAGAAAUAACAUAUGUCCCAGGCUUGUACAAAAUUUUUGAUGAAAUUCUUGUCAAUGCUGCUGACAAUAAACAGAGGGAUAAGAACAUGUCUUGUAUUAAAAUAACCAUUGACCCGGAAGCAAAUCUCAUCAGCAUAUGGAACAAUGGCAAGGGAAUUCCAGUGGUGGAGCACAAAGAUGAGAAAAUGUAUGUUCCAGCUUUAAUCUUUGGGCAGCUCUUAACAUCAAGUAAUUAUGAUGAUGAGGAGAAGAAAGUUACAGGUGGUAGGAAUGGUUAUGGUGCUAAACUCUGCAAUAUUUUCAGCACAAAAUUCACAGUUGAAACUGCAUGCAAGGAAUACAAACACAGCUUCAAACAGACUUGGAUGAACAACAUGACAAAAACAAGUGACCCCAAAAUUAAAUACUUUGAUGGGGAAGAUUUCACGUGCAUAACAUUCCAGCCAGACUUGGCAAAAUUCAAAAUGGAAAAGCUGGACAAGGACAUUGUUGCCCUUCUUACAAGGAGGGCUUAUGAUGUUGCUGGGUCAUGCAAAGGGGUCAAAGUCAUGCUUAAUGGAAAGAAACUGCCAGUUAAUGGAUUCCGCAGCUACGUAGAUCUAUACGUAAAGGACAAGCUGGAUGAAACUGGUGUUGCACUGAAGGUUGUUAAUGAGACUGUGAAUGACAGAUGGGAAGUUUGUCUCACAAUGAGUGAGAAAGGCUUUCAGCAGAUCAGCUUUGUGAAUAGUAUUGCCACUACAAAGGGUGGCAGACACAUUGAUUAUGUGGUUGAUCAGAUAGUUAGUAAGCUGAUUGAAGUGGUGAAAAAGAAGAACAAAGCAGGAGUUUCUGUGAAACCUUUUCAGGUUAAGAAUCAUAUCUGGGUUUUUGUUAAUUGCCUAAUUGAGAACCCAACCUUUGAUUCCCAAACAAAGGAAAACAUGACACUCCAAACUAAAAGCUUUGGAUCCAAAUGUGUGUUUUCAGAGAAAUUCAUUAGAGGGGCCACUAAUUGUGGUGUUGUGGAAAGCAUACUCAAUUGGGUAAAAUUCAAGGCUCAGACACAACUGAACAAAAAAUGUUCAUCGGUGAAGUACAGCAAAAUUAAGGGCAUUCCAAAGCUGGACGAUGCCAAUGAUGCUGGUGGUAAACAUUCCUCUGAGUGCACACUCAUUUUGACUGAAGGGGAUUCUGCCAAAUCUUUGGCAGUAUCAGGUCUUGGUGUCAUUGGUCGUGAUCGAUAUGGAGUCUUUCCACUUAGAGGUAAAAUCCUCAAUGUGCGAGAAGCAUCGCACAAACAGAUUAUGGAAAAUGCGGAAAUCAACAACAUCAUCAAAAUAGUUGGGCUGCAGUACAAGAAAAGCUAUGAUGACGCUGAGUCUCUUAGAUCUCUUCGCUAUGGAAAGAUUAUGAUAAUGACUGACCAGGAUCAGGAUGGGUCCCACAUUAAAGGUUUACUUAUCAACUUUUUUCAUCACAACUGGCCAUCUCUUUUAAGGCACAGCUUCCUGGAAGAGUUCAUCACUCCUAUUGUAAAGGCUAGCAAGAACAAACAAGAAUUGUCAUUUUACAGUAUACCAGAGUUUGAUGAAUGGAAGAAGCAAACUGAAAACUUCAAAACCUGGCACAUAAAGUACUACAAAGGUUUAGGUACCAGUACAAGCAAAGAGGCAAAAGAGUAUUUUGCUGAUAUGGAGAGACACAGAAUCAUGUUUAAAUAUGCUGGUUCAGAAGAUGAUGCUGCCAUUACUCUGGCCUUCAGUAAAAAGAAAACUGAUGACAGAAAAGAAUGGCUGACAAACUUCAUGGAAGACAGGCGACAACGAAGAAUGCAUGGCUUACCAGAGCAAUACCUUUAUGGCACACAAACAAAGCAGCUGACCUACAAUGACUUCAUUAACAAGGAGCUGAUACUUUUUUCAAACUCGGAUAAUGAAAGAUCCAUUCCAUCUCUUGUUGAUGGAUUGAAGCCUGGUCAGAGGAAGGUCCUUUUCACCUGCUUGAAGAGAAAUGACAAACGAGAGGUCAAGGUUGCUCAGCUGGCUGGAUCUGUGGCUGAAAUGUCUGCAUAUCACCAUGGUGAGCAAGCAUUGAUGAUGACCAUUGUGAACUUGGCUCAGAACUUUGUGGGAAGCAACAACAUCAACAUUCUCCAACCACUUGGCCAGUUUGGUACCAGAAUUAAUGGAGGAAAGGAUGCUGCCAGUCCCCGUUACAUCUUCACACUGCUCAGUCCUUUGGCAAAGAUGCUGUUUCCAGCAGUGGAUUCCAAUUUGCUGAAGUUCCUGUAUGAUGAUAACCAAAAGGUUGAGCCGGAGUGGUACAUUCCUAUUAUUCCACUGGUUCUUGUAAAUGGAGCAGAAGGUAUUGGAACAGGAUGGGCUUGUAAAAUUCCAAACUAUGACCCAAGAGAGAUUGUGAACAACAUUAAUCGAAUGCUUGAUAACCAGGAUCCACUGCCCAUGCUUCCUAGUUACAAAAACUUCAAAGGUACCAUCCACGAGCUGGGUCAGAAUCAGUACCUUGUCAGUGGGGAGGUCUCUGUCCUGGACAAAAACACAAUAGAGAUCACAGAGCUUCCAGUCAGGACAUGGACACAGGCUUACAAAGAGCAAGUUCUUGAGCCCAUGCUUACAGGAACAGAGAAAACACCUGCUUUGAUAACAGACUAUAAGGAGUAUCACACUGAUACAACAGUGAAGUUUGUAGUAAGAAUGACAGAGGAAAAGCUGGCACAAGCAGAAGCAGCUGGACUACAUAAGGUCUUCAAGUUACAGUCAAGUCUGACUUGCAACUCCAUGGUUCUUUUUGACCACAUGGGGUGUCUGAAGAAAUAUGAAGCUGUGCAAGACAUUCUGAAAGAAUUCUUUGAACUUAGGUUGCAUUAUUAUAAACUGCGGAAAGACUGGCUCGUUGGUAUGCUAGGAGCGGAGUCCGCCAAACUUUCUAAUCAGGCACGGUUCGUCCUGGAGAAGAUCGAGGGAAAAAUAUCUAUUGAGAAUAAAUCUAAGAGAGAUCUGAUUAGAAUGCUUGUCCAGAGAGGAUAUGAAUCUGAUCCAGUAGCUGCCUGGAACAAGGCUCAAGAGAAGAUGCUGGAAGAGGAUGACAUGGAUGACAAUGAUGAUGCUAGCUCUGUUGACUCUGGCUCAGCCAGUGGACCUAAUUUUAAUUACAUUUUAGGCAUGUCUUUGUGGUGCCUAACUAAAGAGAAAGUUGAAGAGCUCUUAAAACAAAGAGAUGUGAAGAAAAGUGAAGUCAACGAUCUCCAAAGAAAAUCCCCAGUAGAUCUCUGGAGAGAAGACCUGGCAGUAUUCAUUGAGGAGCUUGAUAGAGUGGAAGCUCAAGAAAAGGAGGACAUGCUGGCAGGAAAAUCGACCAGGCUCAUUAAGGGCAAAAUUGGCAAGCCUAAAGUGAAGAAGAUGCAUCUAGAGGAGACCUUGCCUUCACCAUUUGGACGAAGAAUUGUUCCACAAAUCACUCAAGCAAUGAAAGCAGAUGCUUCCAAAAAGUUGACUAAAAAGAAAAAGGGAGAUGGAGAUUUGGUUGUGAAAACUGAGUUUGAAGAGGAGCUGGUGACAUUGGCAGAAGAAGCAGCUGGAGAAAACUCUAUAAAUUCACCAGCGGUCAAAGUGAAAGCCCCCCGAGUAAAAAAAGAGAAAAAAGAACCAGGCACUCCUAGAGCACGAAAAACACCUGUGCCGAAAGGUAGUGCAAAAAAAGUGAAGAAAAGGAACCCGUGGUCAGAGGACGAUUCCAAAUCAGAAAGUGACUUGGAGGACAGUGAGCCUGUGGUUAUCCCGCGAGACACAAAAUCUCAAAGAGCUUCAGUUGGAAAGCCGAAGUACAUCUUUGAUUUCUCAGAAGAAGAGGAGGAUGAUCACGAGGAGGAGGAAGAGGAUGAUGGAGCAAUUGUAUCUUCACCAGUUAGGAGUUUUAAAGAUGACUUCAAUGCAUCUGAAGGCACAGAUAAAUAUGAGGAUGAUGAAUUCAGUACUGCUAAAUCAACAUCUGUAGCAGUGUCCUUUUCACCAGAAAAGAAAAAACAGGAGCCUGAAAAUUUGUUUUCUCCAAAAUCAUUAUACUCAGAGAAGAGCAAUGACAGUGAUGGAUUGAAGUUUGACAGUGACGAGGAUGACCGUGAGCCUGUCUUCUCAUCGUUAUCCAGCACCACAGUUUUUGAUAAACCAGCCCAAACAAAGAAAGCUACAAAGAAACCCUCAGAAGGAACUCCAAAGCCUAAAAAGCCUCCAAAGCCCAAGAAAGCUGAGACAAUAGUCUGGGAUUCAGAUUCAGAGUUUGGUACUCCAAAGAAAACUGCUACACCCAAAGGUAAAGGCAGAGGAAGAAAAAGAAAGAUGUCAGGCUCCGAGGAUGAAGAUGAAUACAAUCCCGUAAAAAAAACUGGAAGGUCUUCUGCAAACAAGAAAUCAAAGAAAGCAGCUUCAGAAGAAGAGGACUUUGACACGAACAACUUCGGCAGAUCAGAAACCUCUUCGAGAGAGAGGCCAGGCCGGGCCAAGAAAGAAGUAAAAUAUUUUGCCGAGUCAGAUGAUGAUGAAGAUGAAUAUGAUAUCUAUUAGUAGGUGUUAGAAGCACCACAGCAUUUUUCAACACAUUCUCUUGUGAAAUAUCCCCCUGUCCUUUGUCUUGCAGACUUUUGUACAUUUUGCUUUUAUGCUUAUUUUGUGAUGAUGGUCAAUGGUUUUUAAUGUGUAGGUGUUUUACACUUUUUAUUAUACAUAUACAGUUUUUUUUUAUCAUUGAAAUGUUAUGUAUUUGUCAAAGCAGCUUUUAGAAAUUUAGAUUGCUGUGCUAAAGCACAUUUUAAUUGUUAAAAUAAAAUGUAAACCUUUUUUGAAAUGAACUCGAAGUAAACAUUAAGAAAUGUCAAACAUUUGAACUUUUUAUUUCUUGAAGUGCAGUAUUUCCACUUUUUGCAAUUUGGAUGCAAAUGAGACAUUUGGGUUUAAUUACCCCUGAUUCCAGGCAAGCCUGAUUUUCAUGGCAGUGUAAAACAAAAUCUGGUUUUGAAAAUAUAUCACCAAUUUUCAGAUAAAGGUUUUGUCAGUAUGAACUCUUGACAUUGCAAUGAGUUAUUUUUUGUUGGCCAGAUUGUUCAAGCCCAGCUUGGUAUUUUAGCCAGGGAUAAUCCCCCCGUGAGGUUAUUUUUAAUGACCAACUAGCCAGGACCUGUUUGAAUAUCUCCUCCUAGAGCACGGUGUCCUGUAUUACCAUACUAGAGCAUAAGUUUGGAAAUUUUGGGCCAGAAUGAGGAGUUCCAGUUUCUGUUUCACAAAUACCAUUUACAACAGCAAUGAACACUUUUUGAAAAUCAAAUCUAGUUUUUCUAGUGGGUGAUUUAAAGGCCAGUGCUCAGUGUGAUAAGAAUGAUUCUGUAAGUCAUAUCUGAAAAGUUAGAACUGGCUACCUUCAGCAAAAAUCAAAGCUCUGCCAGGAUCUUUUAUUACUAUAAGCACACAGCUGUUGAAGACUUCUGUUGAUCACCACUUAACACAAUUGUAUUGUAGCUUCAUUGUAUACUAUUAAUUAGUCUUAUUUUUUCAAUAGAUGUUGAAACAUUCAUCUUUGGAUUGUUUGUUAAUGGUAGUAUUGAGGCUCUGCUCCUACACCCCCAAUGACAUUAGGAUUAGGUUUGAUUUGGCUGUUCUGAAUUGACCCCUUUUUAUAACUUCCCAUCCAGGGAAGUAAAGAGUCAUGUGGUCCCAUUCCCAGGACAGGCUGCAGUUUACAUCUGUCCUAAUCAUGAUAAAUGGUUUUCUGAUAAUGGACGCGUCCUUACAGUUAUGUAUUGGUCUUGAAAAUUACGACACUUUACAUGCUAUUAACAGUAGAGUGCUAAUAAAUGGCUGUCUUUUGUG